ACGUCAUCGACACAAACCUCGAAAAGCGCUUCACAGAAAGUCUCACUGGAUUAAUCGACACACGCUCCGAAGCGUCGGCUCAUUGGACACAUCAGUGGAAGAAGCGACAGCCUGCGAGGGAGCAGUUAGCAUCAGAGCUAACUGAGAAGCUAACGGCCAGAGAAGUUUCCUGUUAGAGGAAAAGGGAAAAAGUGACUUCUCAUUGAGAACACUGGACACUUAUUGGACUCUGGGCUGUUUGGAGGCUUUUCUCCGAGGAACAAAAGCUAAUGUGACCGACAUUUCACAGCAUCUUGUUCUCUUGGAAGGUUCUUGCUGAUCAAUCGGCCAGUGGCCAAGUGAGGAACUUCAUUAUUAACCUGAAGGAACCAAACACCAAAGACAUGAAAGAGGAAGAACCAGAACCUCAAGGAAUUAAAGAAGAACAGCUUGGACUGUGUAUCUUACCAGAUGAAAAGCAUCUUGUUAAGCAGGAGACAGAAACCUUUGUAGGGUUUUCUGCCUGUGACAAACUAUUUCAAGUUGAACCUGAACUCCAACAGAUGAAUGUGACAAAGGAGGAACCAGAACCUGUAAAGAUUAAAGAGGAACAUGGGGAUCUCUGGAGUAAUGAGGAUGAGGCGCAGCUUGUAGUGAAGCAGGAGGCUGACACCUUUAAGGUGACUCCUCUGGAUUUAAAACAUGACACAAAUGAACCAGAAGAGAAAAUGAACCAACUUCUCAAUUCAGACUCCCCUGAAGGUGAGAAGCAAGAUCAGCAGGAUAAUAAUGAAGAGUCAGGAUCAAACACAGAUGAAGCGCUAAAGCAUAAAAAGAGACGAGAGAAAACCAAAGAUCACAGUGAUGGUUCAAAACUAAAAAGACAUAAAACCAAUAAACCUUGUGAAGCAUGUGGUAAAUGUUUCACCACGUGUAGAUGUUUGACUAAUCACAUGAGAGGAAAUACAGGAGAGAAAUCUUUCCUGUGUGUGCUUUGUGGAAAAGGUUUCCCCACUCAAAGUAAUUUAACCAUCCACAUGAGAGCCCACACAGGGGAGAAGACUUUCUCCUGUCCAACUUGUGCAAAAGGGUUUUCUCGUAAACAUACUCUGAAUAUUCACAUAAGAACCCAUAUGGAUGAGAAGCCUUUUUCCUGUCCAACUUGUGCAAAAGGGUUUUCUCGUAAAGAUACACUAAAUAUGCACAUACAAACGCAUAUGGGCAAGAAGCCAUACGCUUGUCAAUUGUGUGAUAAAUCUUUCAGCAUUGGUAGUCAUCUGGCUUGUCACAUAAGAACUCACACAGGGGAGAAACCUUUCUCCUGUGCAACUUGUGCAAAAGGGUUUUCUCAUAAAAGUAGCCUCCGUCAGCACAUAAGAACUCAUAUGGACAGGAAGUCUUUCUCCUGUCCAACUUGUGCGAAAAGGCAUUCGAGUAAAAGAAGCCUGAACAUGCACAUACAAAGUCAUACAGGUCAGAAGCCAUACGCUUGUGAAAUGUGUGAUAAAUCUUAUACCAAAGAUUGUCAUCUGGCUCGCCACGUGAGAACGCACACAGGUGAGAAGCCUUUUUCCUGUCCAACUUGUGCAAAAGGAUUUUCCCAGAAAUGUAACCUGGAUAAGCACGUGAGAACACACACAGGUGAGAAGCCUUAUUCCUGUCCUACUUGUGCAAAAGGGUUUGCCCAGAAAGGCAACCUGCGUAUGCACAUACAAACUCAUACUGGCAAGAAGCCAUACGCUUGUGAAAUGUGUGAUAAAUCUUUCAGCGCUGGUAGUCAUCUGGGUUAUCAUAUGAGAACCCACACAGGUGAGAAGCCACUUUCCUGUGAAGUCUGUGAAAAGUCUUUCAUUAGACGUGGUAACUUGGUCGUUCACAUGAGAACUCACUCAGGUGAGAAACCUUAUUCUUGUACAGUCUGUAAAAAGUCUUUCACUAGAAAAAGUAACUUGAUCGGUCACAUGAGAACUCACUCAGGUGAGAAACCUUAUCAUUGUAAAGUGUGUAAUAAAUCUUUUACUCACUGCAGUAAUAUGAACAAACAUAUGAGAACUCACAUUUGAGAAUCUUUGUGCUUAUAAAGUGUGUGCUAAGACUUUCAUCAACGUAUUUAUUCUAAAAGCUGACUGUUUUUAGUGCUGUUUAUCCUUUAACCCACCCUGAAAAGAACAACUUCCAUAAAGCAAUUGGCUGGUUUAAAUCGUAUCUGUCUGACAGAUUCCAGUUUGUUCAUGUUAAUACCAAAUACUCUUCAAACCCUAGGGUCACUUGUGGAGUACCACAGGGUUCAGUCCUUGGACAUGAUUUGUGCACCUGUGAAGGUGGCUGCAGUGAGUUUAAACAAACAUGCAUUUCACAUUGUAAAUAAUAAGCUUGGGGAUAUGUGUGAUGUGGGUAUAUGUUUGGGCAUAGUGCAAUAUGAUGGUGAAUGAGCCAGUGGGAUUUUAGGUUAGUUGGUGCAUAAAAAAUACAAGCAACUUUUAUAAAGCUCUGCUAAUUGAAAUGGGAAUUAGAUUGGUUUAAUUGUUGUUUAUGGUAUUUAUGAAUUUGUGUGUAGUAAAUAUUGGGUGUGUAUUAAUUGUAAUAUUCAGUUUCAAAGGUUUUUACCUGACUGGUGUUCAAUCACUGAGAAGAAAAGAAUCAAACAAAAUAAAGAAUGGGAAAAAGA